AUGGUUCGCAUGAACGUCCUCGCCGAUGCGCUCAACGCCAUCAACAACGCCGAGAAGCGCGGAAAGCGCCAAGUUCUCAUCCGUCCAGCCUCCAAGGUUAUCGUCCGCUUCUUGACCGUCAUGAUGAAGCACGGAUACAUCGGAGAGUUCGAGAUCGUCGACGACCACCGCGCCGGAAAGAUCGUCGUCAACCUUACCGGACGCCUCAACAAGGCCUCCGUCAUCUCUCCAAGACUCAACAUCCGUCUUAACGAUUUGGAGAAGUACACCAACACUCUUCUUCCAUCCCGUCAGUUCGGAUACCUCAUCCUUACCACCUCUGCCGGAAUCAUGGAUCACGAGGAGGCCAGAAGAAAGCAUUUGGGAGGAAAGAUUCUCGGAUUCUUCUUCUAA